ACAAUGAAGCCGAACAGGCAAGUGAUACGUCUUAUUAUCUUAUUAUGGGUUUGUGAGGCGGGCUCAGCAACGGGGAGAUUUUCUGUGGAGGAGGAAAUGGAGGUCGGUUCCUUUGUGGCUAAUGUGGCAAAGACGUUGGGGCUGGAGGUGAGGGAGUUGUCUGGCCGCGGACCCCGAGUUCUCUCUGAGGACAAUCGGCAAUAUUUACAGCUUAACCUAGAAACUGGAGAUCUGCUCCUGCGAGAGAAACUGGACCGGGAGGAUCUGUGUGGUCCAGCGGAGCCCUGUCUGUUGCCUUUUCAGAUCUUAAUGGAAAAGCCCUUUCAGAUUAUUCCUGUUGAGCUCCGAAUCGAAGAUAUAAAUGACCAUUCACCUGCUUUCUUAGAAACCGAAAUGCUUUUGAAAAUCCCUGAGAAUACCCCACAAGGAACUUUGUUUUCUCUAAAAACCGCUGAGGAUUUGGAUGUAGGGAAGAAUAAUAUUCAGAACUACACGAUUUCCCCCGGUUCCCACUUUCAAGUUCAUACUCGCUCGGACAGUGAAGGUAAUAAGAACCCAGAGCUGGUGUUGCACAAAGUUCUGGAUCGGGAGGAGUAUCCUGAGAUCAGAUUAACCCUCACAGCUUUAGAUGGUGGGUACCCGCCUAGAUCUGGGACAGCUGAAGUACGGGUUGUAGUUAUGGAUAUCAAUGACAACGCCCCUGUAUUUGUCCAGUCCCGGUAUGAAGUUCAAGUCCCUGAGAACAGCCCCAUUGGCUCUCUGGUUGUCACUGUCUCUGCUAGAGAUUUGGAUAUAGGAAAUAAUGGGCAGAUAUUGUAUUCAAUUUUUCAUCGUUCUAGAGAAAUUAGCAAAACGUUUGAAGUAAAUCAGAAGACAGGAGAAGUUAGGAUAAGAAAAAAUCUGGAUUUCGAGACAAUUCAAUUAUAUGAAGUGGAUAUUGAAGCAACAGAUGGUGGAGGUCUUUCUGGAAAAUGCACUGUUGUGGUCCUGGUGACGGAUGUGAACGACAACCCCCCAGAACUCACCAUAUCUUCAUUGAUGAGUCCUAUCUCUGAGAACUUACCUGAGACGAUGGUAGCUGUAUUCAAAACUCGAGAUCGGGAUUCAGGGGAUAAUGGAAAGAUGGUCUGCUUUAUCGAAGAUGACCUCCCCUUCAUUCUGAAACCAUCUCUAAAUAACUUCUACACCCUGUUAACCGAGAGAGCACUGGACAGAGAGACUAGGGCUGUGUACAACAUCACCAUUACUGUCAUGGACUUGGGGACACCAAGACUGAAAACUGAACACAACAUCACGGUCCUGGUCUCUGACAUCAAUGACAACCCCCCAGUGUUUACCCAGACAAACUAUAGGCUCUACCUCCAAGAAAACAACAGCCCUGCCCUCCACAUUGGCAGUGUUAGUGCUAGUGACAGAGACUCAGGGACCAAUGCCAAAGUCACCUAUUCGCUGAUGCCUUCUGAAUUCGAAGACUUAUCCAUAUUCUCCGACAUUUCCAUCAAUUCAGACAAUGGCCAUGUCUACAUCUUGAGAUCUCUGGAUUUUGAAGCCAUUCAAACUUUCCAGUUCACUGUGAAGGCAACUGAUGGAGGCUCCCCAGCCCUGAGCAGUCAGGCUCUGGUUCAGGUUGUGGUCCUGGAUGAAAAUGACAACUCUCCCUUUGUGCUAUAUCCACUGCACAAUGGCACAGCCCCCUGCAAUGACCUGGUACCCAGAGCUGCAGAACCUGGUUACCUGGUCACCAAGGUGGUGGCUGUAGAUAGGGACUCAGGGCAGAAUUCCUGGCUUUCCUACCAGCUGCUCAAGGCCACAGACCCAGGUCUCUUCACCAUGUGGGCCCACAAUGGGGAAGUGUGCACAGCAAGGCCUAUUAGUGACAAAGAUAACACCAAGCAGAGGCUCUUGGUGAUGGUGAAGGAUAAUGGGGAGCCACCUCUGUCCACAGCAGUUACACUGAAUGUGCUCCUGGUGGAUGGCUUCUCUGAACCCUAUGUGAAGCUCUCUGAUGUGCCUAAUGACAGCACUCAGGAUGACUCUCUUACAGUCCACUUAAUCAUUUCUCUAGCCUCCAUCUCCUUUCUCUUCCUGUUCUCUGUUAUACUGUUCAUUGCAAUGCACUUGUGGAGAAAAAAAAGGGGUGCUGGAGAUAACGAACAUUGUAGUUCAAAUGGACCAUACGCUAAUCACUUAGUGGACAUCAGUCACUCUGGUACCCUGUCCCAGAGUUACCAGUAUGAAAUAUGUCUGACUAAUAGAUCUGGCACUAAUGAAUUCAAAUUCCUGAAGCCAAUAAUUCCUAGUGUCCCUCCUCAGGUCUCUAAAAGGGAAUCAGAAGAAUAUCCAGUAUUCCAAAAUAGUGCUAACCUUGGUUAA